AUGACAACCACCCAGGCGGACUACAAGGACAGGCAGUUCCUAGCUGUCAUUGGGGACGAGGACUCAGUGACUGGGCUGCUUCUCGCAGGCAUUGGCCAUGUAACACCGGGGGCCGACCAGCAGAAGAACUUCCUCGUUGUCGACAGCAAGACGGACAAUGCGGCCAUUGAGGCAGCUUUCGAACGAUUCUCCACCGAGCGCAAGGACAUUGGGAUUAUCCUGAUCAACCAACAUAUUGCCGACCGGAUACGGCACCGGAUUGACACAUACACCGCGGCUUUCCCGACAGUACUCGAAAUCCCUAGCAAAGACCACCCGUACGACCCAGAGAAGGACAGCGUGUUGCGGCGUGUGAGGCGGCUGUUUGGCGAGUAG